AUGUCUGCAGAAAACACUAGCAGCGAUUUACCAGUCAGUACCCAAUUAUCUUUUGAAGCCAACGUUAGCGAUAAGGAAGUUAAAACGAAAAAUGAGAAGUUAGUGCGUCAAACCAAACUUUUGAAAGAUACUUUAGAUCUGCUCUGGAAUAAGACAUUGGAACAGCAGGAGGUUUGUGAGCACCUCAAACAAGAAAAUGAUUAUUUGGAAGAUUAUAUUGGUAAUUUGAUGAAAUCCAGUAACGUCUUAGAGAAAUAG